AUGAGAAGGAAUCAUCACGGUUCAUUUACAUUCCCCAAACACGCUGACGCCAGUACAUCAUUUCCAGACGCUGGCUUUUCAAAGCUAUUCAAGGACGCCUUUCUGGAAGCCAAUGGAUCCAAUAGCAUGGGGUUUACCAACUCGGACGUAAGUUCAUUUUAUUCUUGGUUGCUUUCCUCGGCAAACAUCGGACACGAUCCCGUUUCUUUGACUUCGGCGCCCAAUUCGGCGCUUCACUAUUUCCCUAAUGCCCCUGUGGCUUCUCUCUACACAACCCGACCUCGUGAGGACAAGUUAUUCGAAGCCAUCCACACGACCCACAACGGAAAUGAAGGACCCUCCAUCAAGGCGAAUGCAUCGUGCACGCCAUUGGAGGCCGUCAAAGCACUGCCCGCGCUAUUGCGAGAGAUCGCCACGUAUGAGGAAACCCAACGCAAACCCCAACCCAAUCAAAGGGCGAGGGAUCCUUUGGCAGUUGGGCGGCACGCCAAGGGUGAGGCCGCUUCUCGUGAGCCCCAAACGAGGCCCUCGUCGGGGAUAAACCCCUGGGGGCCCGGGCACCCGGGCUUUUUGCGCAGUGUCCUGGAGCAAUGCUUCCUGGGGCUCUACCUUCAGCCGAUUUUGAAUACCCCUGAGCGAACCCGCUCCGGUGUGGCUUCGUUUUUACCGCGCAAUCGGACGGACGGCGCUCUUUUCUACGCCCAUCUGUAUUCCUAUUGUGGGUAUGCCGAACUGCCGGAGGUUUUGCGCAUCCCACUGGAGCGCUUUUUGGCGGUUGUCCUCGUGUCCUCCGCCUUUUCCUUUCACGUGGGGUGGUCUUGGUUGGUGAGCCGUGGCCACCGCGGCUUGGCGCUUGAGCUUUUUAUGCUCUGGGGGUGGGCAAACCCGGAUGGGAUUCUUCUCGAGCAGGCCCAGCGUCUCCUUCCCACCACCUACGACCCCAGGCAGGGACAUAUCUGCCCGGGGGAGGAGAACCCGACGCUGACGGGGCUGUGGGACAUCGCCUUGCAGCUCUUUUCGCACACCACGCAGAUGACGAGCGCGGAGCGGCGAGCCGCUCAGCUCCGCGGUGGGUUUUUGACGUCAUCGCUGAUGUACCCCAAAGGCUAUCGUGAGGCUUUGGCGGUGAAAAUGGGGGCUCAAUUGCCGUACAAAAAGUACUACGUGACCUGCGCUUUGUUAACGCAAGUCCUGAAAGAGGCCGCGUGCGUUUCCGAUACGGCGUUUUCAACUCGACAGCGGGAGUCAUCCGACCCUUGCACGGCGAGGGGACGUCGUGAAAUCCGCGGCUCGCAGCCGCCGAGCCAGGAUCGCGGCGCCGAAAUCUUCACGGCGCUCAUGCGAGAAUGGGUUUUCCCGGUUCUUUGCUCGUCCACCCGCACGCUGCCGCCGAUAAAAGACCCAUCAUCUACUUCUCCUUCUUUGGAGUUCUCUCCCGCCGUGAUUGGGUAUGACCCUUAUACUGAGCGCUACGAGGAGUGGAUUGUAUUGGCUUGUACCGUUGCCGCGGUUGGGCUUCUGGAGCGUUAUAUGAUCGAAACCCGACGAGCGCCGGCAGCCCGGGCUCCCGCCCGUACGGAGGACCCCCUCAGCCCCGAAGGCGCCUCUUUAAACCCGGGGGAUCCCCCGAAUGAUCCCCCGAGCCCCCAUUUCGAAUCCCACCCCUCCAUCGACGCGCUUCGCGCGGCGUCCCUGGCCUGGGCGUGGGGCCUCGUCUCGCAGGACCUCGCGGCGGACGCGGACGAGGCCGAACUACGCCAUGCGCGGGCCCACGUCGAGAACUGGGCGCGGAUGAUCUUUUCCGCCGUCCUGGACGCCUUCGAGGCCUCCGGGGUCCUCCACCCCGCCCGGACCCGGCGGCCCAUCACGGCGUGCGGGCUGUGGGCCCGCCUGCAUGCCGUUCUGCUGGCGAAGUUCCCGCACGUCUUCCACGGCGGCAGCACCGUCGCCACGCUGUGGGUUCUCAUGGUGUUGGAGGGGAUGUCGACCGACCUCCCCGGCGGCCCGCUGGCCGUUUCGUUUUUUGGAAAGGAAGAGGCCCUCGCGGCCUGGCGUCGCCUCGCGCGGCUUCCCGGCCCGACAACGGGCGAUCCUCGCGGAAGGCCGGGGGGGGGUUUCCCCGAGGGCCCUUCCCAACCCCUGGCCGAACAUCAACGCCGGGUUGAGUUUCUGCAGUCGGAGCUCGCCUCGGCCGACGAGCCGGUGGGGAAGGGGGACGCCAGGGCGGCCGCAACCCCCGCGGGGGCCGCGCGGCGGGCGAAUCGGGCGAUCGGCUUCGCCGGCCCGCCCCCGUCCUUCGCCUCGAAUCCCCUUCUUUGGGUCUCCCACUCCACCAGGGGCGGCCUCGCCGAGGGCGGCGCGGUGGCGGCCCUGCGCGAGGCCGAGGCGGCCGCCCUGGGGGUUUUUCGCCAGCACGUCGGCCUGCCCGUCUUGCGGCCGCUCCCGCCGCGCGCGGAGAAGGGCCGCGUUCGGGCUUUUUCCCCCGGCAUCGCCCCCGCGGCGGAGCUCGCGGGGAUCGCGCAGGGGGCCGCCUGCCCCUCUUUUUACGUCCUGCUGAAGCUCAUGCAGGUGCUCACGGUGUGGGGGCAGCCCGGGGCGGAGGGCGACCCCCGCGAGGGGGCCCUCGCGCCGCUUUGGAUGGCGCUUUUGGAGGAGAAUUUUGUCGGGGCCUGCGCGCCGAUCAUGGGGCGAUAUCUUCGCCGGCUGGGGCUUCUCGGGCUCGUCCACAGCGGCGCGCGGGGGGCUCGGGCGCUGGUGUGGACCUACGCCCACGCCCUGGCGAUCCUGGGCUCGCCGGAGGUGUCGUGGGAUCGACUUUUGCAGGCCGUUUUGUGGUCGACGUGGCCGGCGGAUGCCCCGGAACGGCUCUGGCGGUGGGAUGCCCAGGAAGAGGAUCCAACGGAGGAAAAGGCGAGGGCGCCGACCUCGGAGGAGCGCCCCUCUCCCUACGGCUUGAGCUUCGGAUCGAAUUCACUCGGAUGGCGCGUGCUCGAAGCAUGGAUCACGAGUUUGCGGUGGCCUCCACCGGGUGAAUCCGCGAGCGAGGGAAAUCCACCAGGCCUAACGCCGUCUGAGGAUGCGAAAUCGGCCAAACGGAUGGGAAAAUUGAUGCGGCACGUCCUUUCCUUUCUUGAUACUCUUUCCUUCCACAUCCCAGAUGAGGCGCGGUGUGCGGUGAGUAUAUUUCCCACCCUCCACAACGCGACGUUAUGGGGUCUUGUGGAGGAUUGCUCAGCCCGACAGGCCGCGGCGAAUGCCUCGCCGCCGAUGGACUCGGCGCGAGAUUUAAUUCAACAUUUUAUCACAACCCUUUCCUCAUCUUUGCAGCACGGUGCGGUAAACCCCCCCCAUUUCGCGGAUCGGCCGAGCGAGGCCGAUCCUUCGGGCGCUCUCGCGGAGGACACAUGCGGUGAUCAGCCCCCGCCUCCCGCCAGCCACGCGGAGGACGACGAGGACGCCGAUUCCUACGACAGCGGGGAGGCGGUGUGGUGGAACGAGCUGGAGGCCGCCGCCACGCUGCACUGGGAGGCGAAUACUCCGCAAGCCAGCCAUGCGGACCCCUCGACGCCGCCAUCGGAGAGGGAUCGUCCGCCCAACUCGGCCAUGCCGACUUCUUUUUCCCCGCCCAAUCGCCCUGGCGGCCCUCGUAAAGCGGCGGAUGGCGACUGGAGCCCAACCGGGGCGAGUCGGAUCGCUACGCCCGGGGAAUUCGAUGCGGCGCCCGAAAUCCGUCCAGACGCCCGCCAAACCCCAAGCGACCCCCCGGCGGGCGAACCCGACGGCGGGGAUAGAGCCGAUUCCCUCCUCCCCGAGGCCGAUGAGGUGCUGGCCUGCACCAAAGCCCUGCGGAUGGUCCUCCAACGCACUUCCCCCGCCGCCUUCCAUCUUUUGUUCUCCUUUUUGGAGUUGGUGGGGUGGGUUUUGGGGCUACCCGUCUCCGCCGUGCGGUGGGCCCCCUCUGCGGAGCCCGCGGGGGGUCUUCUUUCCUCCGCGCCCGAUUUCGCCGCGGCGGCGGCCACGCGGCAGUGGGUCCCGACCCUUGUCUUGGGGUAUACGGCGCUUUUGCGGGUUUUCAGCCCUCUGCCGUCCCCGGGGGGGGAUUUCCCUCUCUGUUGA